AGCUUUUGUUUUGCUUAAGUUUUGGAAAUUUUCUUUCUUUUGUUGAAGGACAUCCAUUUUGUUUCAAUUCUCGUUAGAGAUGAAAACCUUGCAAUCAUUAUUACCGAUGUUUUCAAAACAUCGAUGACAUCAAAGUUAGAGUCGAUGUUUCCACCUCUAAAAUAUUUGCUUGUUUUCUCCGCGUCGACUCGAAAAACUAUAUACUUACGCGGCGUUUUGCGACAAAAUUCUUUAAAAUCGUUCUUAAUUGAAGAAAAUAAAUAAAAGAAGAGUGCCCUGUACUGUGAAAAUAAAGCUGAAUUAAUCGAAAAGAGUUUGAGCAAACUACUGGAAAAUUAUUGUGAGAAGCAUGAGAAAAGGCCCACUGUGCGUCGUUCCGUCGAUGUUCCAAAUCGUUCCCUGGCAACCACGGCGCAACGCCUUGGCAGUGAAACGUUUCAUUUGCUGAAAAAACGCGAACGCAUUCGGAACACAAGUGAUCGGAUGUCUCGCAGCGAGUUAGCAUAACAAAAAAUAACGCGAGCAGCAGCUGCCCACAGUGGAAGUAAGAAAAGACCGACGGCAAAACAAUAGAGCACGGCAGAUUAGUCGUGCGUAACCGAGUGACUAAACCCGGUGGCAAAGCCAACUCGAACAAACAUAAGAAAUCAUUGCGGCUAAAUAAAAAUUCAAAUCGGAGAUUAAAGAAAUAACGAUCAGGCAUUAACAAAAAGGAGUGGAUACCGAGAGGAGCUCAGUUCGUGAACAAUUUACAUAAACCUACACACCAAAAUGGAUCAUUUCAACAAAAUAUUUAACAGUGAAAGUGAAAAUGGUUGAAAUAUCAAAAAAAAAAUAUCAAAAUAAAUAAAUGUACUCGUUAUCCCAACGAAUGCAAUUUCAAGUGCUGCAUAAAGUUAAACAUAUUUUUGCAUUGAUGGACAUUCGAGCGUUAUCAAAUAAAAACACAAAGGAGCAAGGCUCUCAGAGAAAAGUCAUAAAGUGUUCUGUUCAAGUGAAAUUAAAUACCUUUUAUGAUAAAAUAAAAGGGAUUUCAGAGCAAAUCGAUUAAGUGAAAAUCCAAAUAAAAUAUUCGAAAAGUGGUAUUUAAGUGAUAGUUGAAAAGUGGGCUUGCACAAAACAGAAUUGAUAAAGUAAGAGCUUGGAGCUCACCAGUAGAAUUUAAUAAUUAGGGUUAAGCUAUGCCAAGUCGCCACUAGAGAAAUAUGGAUAAGCGGCUCAGCGACAGUCCCGGAGAUUGUCGCGUAACCAGAUCCAGCAUGACGCCCACCCUGCGCCUGGAUCAGAGUCCCAGGCAGGAGCCUCAUUCCGCACAGCCCGAGACGGGCCCAACAACAACACCAGCAGCAGUAGCAGCCGCACCUGGGAAGUCCAAGUCCCCCACUCCGCUGCCCGGCAAAUCGCAGGCGGCACAGCAUCACCAGUUUCGGGCUCCGCAGCAGCAGCAGGGCCCCAAGAACCGGAACAAGGCGUGGGGCAAGCGGCAGCACAAGGCCGGCGGGAAGCACAAUGCCAGCGCCUGUGUCGGUGCCAGUAGCGCCCAGACGCAGUCCACCGGCUCCUCCGCCCCAGCCACGCCCCUGCUGCCCACGACAGCGGCGGCGGCAGCCCACAAGGCCGAUCUCGAGAACAUCCAGAAUAUUCAGAACAAGAAUCAGAAUGCCGGCAGUGGCAACAACCAUCACGGCACCACCGGAACCGCCCAUCACGGCGGCGGCGGUGGCGGCGGGGGAGCCCAUCAUGCCGGCGCGGGUGGAGGUGGACACCAUCACCAUCAUAACACGCGUCUGGCGCAGAACGCAGCCGCUGGUGGAGCUGGCGGAGGAAGCACUAUGCAGCUCUACAAGAAGAUGCUGCCACACAGGGGCCACCAUCCCCAUGUGCUGUGUGCCGGGAACAACGCGAACCAUACGUGCUGCCUGGGCACCGGCUGUAACGGUGGCUCAUCCGGUGGAGCGGGCGUGGCGGGGGGCGCAGGCGGCGUGGCGGGAGGAGCGUCCUGCAAGGACGUGCAAAGCAGCAAGGACACCAGCUCGCUGAGUGGCAACAGCAGCAUCGCGGGCAGCGUGGGAGCGAACAAUGCGGUGCACUAUUGCUGCGGUCGCUCCAAGUUUUUUCUAUCGGAGAAGCGGCUGCGCAAGGAGGUGAUUGUGCCACCCACCAAGUUUCUGCUGGGCGGCAACAUCUCCGAUCCGCUCAACCUCAAUUCGCUGCAGAACGAGAACACGUCAAAUGCCUCGUCCAGCAACAAUACGCCGGCGACCACGCCCCGUCAGUCGCCCAUCACGACGCCCCCGAAGGUGGAGGUGAUCAUACCGCCCAACAUCCAUGAUCCGCUGCACCUGCUGGAUCCCGUUGAUUCGAUGGAGUACGAGAAGCAGCUGACGUCGCCGAUGAAGCGGGGAGGGGGCGGCGGCGGCGGGGGAAUGCUGCACCACCGGCAGCACCAUCAUCGCACGCGAAAGAAUCGAAAGCGUCGGCGCUUCGAUUCCAACAACACUUCGCAUGCGGGCGAUGAAGCAGGGGGCGGCGGGGUUGGCGAACUACCCGACGAACCGCCGCUGCCCACGGCCACCUCUUCGCUGGCGGCGUCACCCGUUGCCGCGCCGCCCGCCAUCGUCGGCAGCGGCGGCAGUUUGCUGCUGAGCGAAUCGGCUGCGCCGGCCACGGGCGAAACGGCGGAAAUGGGCCACCACCAGCAGGCGCAUGUGCGCUCUCCGCAGUCGGCGGCGACGUCAAUGGCCACCGCGGAGAUGCCCACGCCGACGCCCACCGAGGCAGCGGCUGCGACGGCGGCAGAGGAGCAAGUAGAACAGGCGGCGUCAACGCCGGCAGCGACGUCAUCACCGCAGCGGCAGCAACAUGUGGCCGCUGCUGCCGCCGCCGUGGACGAAGCUAUCCCCAUCCCACCUGCCGCCUCUGCUGCUGAGCCGCCGGCUGAUGCGAUGCUGCUCAGUUGCUCGGCCACGUCGUCGGCCACACAGGCGGUGGCGUCGACGCUGGCAGAGCGGCGGGCGCAGGCCAGCCGGGACUUGCGACUGGAUUUGUCGAGCACGUGCUACGGCGUCGGCGGCACGGGUCUGAGCUUCGGCGGCAGCAGCGCAGCCAGCGUGGCCAGCGGCGGCGGGGGAGGAGGUGGUGGCGGUGGCAGGAAGAGAAAAAUCAGCGAGAGCAACAAUUCGCAAAAGAGCAAGAAAUUCCAUCGACACGAUGCCAUGGACAAAAUCGUCAGUCCGGUGGUUCCGCAACCAGGCGCCUGGAAGCGGCCACCGCGCAUCCUGCAGCCCAGCGGAGCCAGGAAGCCCAACUCACGCCGUUCGACGUCCUUCAGCGAAUCGGAGUUGCUAAGUCCCGUCGAGGAGCUGCCGCCCAAGCAGCUGCCCCUCAUCGAAGUGGAAAUACCCCGCGAUGACACGCCCGAUUUGCCGGAACACGGACUGGGCAGUCCGUUGAGCACCACUUCGGCGGCCACCUCGCACACGGCUGGCGAACAGGAUUCCCUUGCCGGGGUGGACACCAGCAUGACGGAUGCCAGCAUGGCGUCCGUGGGCACGGCCUUGGCACCAGUGACCAGCAGUCUAAUGCUAGAGCCAGCGCUGAUUCCGCCACUUAAAGUGAUGCCCAAGUUCCGGGCCGAUGGGCUGAAGUACCGGUACGGAAACUUUGAUCGAUACGUCGACUUUCGACAGUUGAACGAGUUUCGGGAUGUGCGGCUGCAGGUCUUCCAGCGCCAUGUGGAACUGUUCCAGAACAAGGACAUCCUGGACAUUGGCUGCAACGUUGGCCACAUGACCAUUACCGUGGGCAGGCAUCUGGCGCCGAAGACCAUUGUUGGCAUUGACAUCGAUCGAGAGCUGGUUGCCCGGGCGCGGCGAAAUCUGUCGAUCUUUGUGCGCAUACCCAAGGAGGAGAAGCUGCCGGAGAUCAAGGUGGAACCAAUGUUGGAGGUGAAGUCGGAGUCAACGCCUCUGGAGAAGACGGAACCAGUGGACGAAGAAGAGGCUUCCGGAUCGGCACAUAAGAAAACGAGACGCGGAAAGAAGCGGCGAAAGGUGCAACAAGCUCUCCACCACAACCAUCAACACCAUCACCACCACCAUCACCAUCAUCAUCAUGAUCUGGAGCAGCUGCAGCAGCAGCAGAAGCUGGACGCUCUGCUUGUCAAGCCGCACGAAUUCUUCCCCAUCUCGUUUCCGCUUACCUACGGGGGAAUUCCCCAUCUGCCACCAUCGAACAAAUCACCCAACAUGUUCGGCAACAAGAAUCAGUUCCCGGCGAACGUCUUCUUCAGACACACCAACUAUGUGCUCAAGGACGAGUCGUUAAUGGCCAACGAUUCGCAGCAAUACGAUCUCAUACUGUGUCUCUCGGUCACCAAGUGGAUCCAUCUCAAUUUUGGGGAUAACGGCUUGAAGAUGGCCUUCAAGCGGAUGUUCAACCAGCUGCGUCCAGGUGGGAAGCUAAUACUCGAAGCCCAAAACUGGGCCAGCUAUAAGAAAAAGAAGAAUCUGACGCCGGAGAUCUACAACAACUACAAGCAGAUCGAGUUCUUUCCCAACAAGUUUCAUGAGUACUUGCUCAGCUCGGAGGUGGGAUUCAGCCACAGCUAUACUCUCGGUGUGCCCCGGCACAUGAACAAGGGCUUCUGCCGACCCAUUCAGCUGUAUGCGAAGGGAGACUAUACGCCGAAUCAUGUGCGUUGGAGCGAUGCGUAUUAUCCGCAGACACCGUACGAGGCAUAUCGCGGCAUCUACGCCACCCUUCCGGCCCAUCGGAUGGGCGGCGGCGGGAGCAGCGCCGGCGGUAGCCAUAGUGGGCAUGCUCACAUGCUGCAUCUGAGCAGCUCCAGUCGGUCGCAGAACUACGAUACGCCGCACUACGCGGGCAGCGCCUCGGGCUCGGCCAGUUGCCGGCAGACGCCGAUGUACCAGCCCACAUACAAUCCCUUGGAGACGGACUCGUACCAGCCCAGCUACGACAUGGAGUAUCUCAACCACAUGUACGUGUUCGCCUCGCCGCUCUACCAGACCGUCUGGUCGCCGCCGGCUUCGCAUCGCAAGAGCAGCUCGCACACGCCGGUAUUCGGGAGUGUGCGCGAAGCGGAACUGGACGGCGAUGGCAGCGGUGGCGGGGGCAGUGGCGGCGGCAGCUACCAUCGGCAUGUCUAUCCGCCCAAUGACGACACCUGCUCGCCCAAUGCCAAUGCCUGCAAUGCGUUCAACUCGAUUCGCGAUGCGGACGCGGAUGACUCCAAUCAGCCGCCCAGUGGAAGUCGACGGCAUGUGUAUGCCACCAAUUGCGGGGAGAGCUCGUCGUCGCCGCAGGUUAAUCAUCACGAGGCAGCCGGCGAGUUUGUGGACGCCCUGAUGGACGAUGAGCAGAAGCCGCCAACAACUGGCGGAGGAGGGACUGGUGGCGGCGCAGCUUAUUGUGAUCUGUCGGAUGCCUAGAAUAGGGAUGGUGGCUUAGACGGAAAAAAUGUGUCAAAAAGAAAAAAAACGAAAAAAUCGAAAAAGCUUAAGAAGACCGCAAAGGGUUUUCGAAAAGAAAAAAAUUCAAUGUAACCGUAAACGAGACGCUUAUGAUUUUCUAUGGUAUAAUGUGCGUAUAUAUUUUUAUAUAUUGUAAUUUAAUGGAAUGAAUAUAUAUACAAAUAUAUACAGAUUUAUAUAUACAAUUUGAACAGAGAUGCAUGUGUUUAGGUAUAUUGUAAUCGUAAUAGAUAAGGCUAAUCAUUUUUGCUAAAAAUGCUUUAUAGUGAACACUUGAUUUGAUCCUGUUGGCAGUUCAAUUGUAAUCCUAGUUUUAAAUCCACCAUAAGCAAUACAAACUAACACUAACACGCUCACACGUAUAUACAUCCAUAUACAGGCACACCACACCCACCAACACUCACACAUACAACAUACAACAAGCUGUAGCUUUAAAUGAUAUACUUAAAUUGUGCUAUAAAAAUGUUUAGGAAACGUGAAAAAAUCCCAUGAAAUUCAACUAUUUUUGAUUAACAUUUUGGCAAAGCAAAAAAUAUUUAAAUGCUGCAAGGGAAUGUGAAAACAAAAAUGAAAUAAAGUGAACACAAUGGCAAAGCAAAAAAAACAUAAUACAUUAUUAUAAUAAGCCGUUAGCAAAGGAGAGAGUAUGCUUAACAUUAUUUACAUUAGGUUCAAGCCAAGCCUAUGGUUAUAGCUAAGCAAGUGUAGCACUAUAUUUCAAGUUUGAUCAACAGCAAGAACCGAUCUUUAAUCUUUUCCACAUUCUAUGGAGAAGCGAAACCCAUGAGUUAUAUCUUUGCUAUGUUUUUGAAACAUUUUAAUGGAAUAUUUUACUUUUUUCUGAGAAAAUGAAAAUUAAUGUAGUCGAAAGAAUUAAAAAAGAUAUCUAUAUAUAGAAAAUAAACAAUAUUAUAUUGCAAA